GGCAUCGAGGAACAGGCUGGGAAGUCCCAGCUGCUGGUCAUUCGCUCUGGCUGACCCAGAGGCCCCACCACAGAGGCCCAGCUCCGAGGGCCCGGCUUCCCCUGGCGGCGCCGACCUGCCUGGGGCCCGAUCUACUCGCUCAGCAGUCAGGGGAGAAGGUACACCCAGUGCUGGGGCCAAGCCCGGAGAGAGAGGAGCUGACCAUGGUCAGGAAAGGCUGCUUGGUACUGAGGCUCGAAGGCGGCUCGAGAAGGUGGGGGUGAGGUCACUGCUGGCAGAAGGAACGGCCUGUACAAAGGGACAGUGGUGCAGCCUGGCCCAAGGACACCUUGGAGGUGGGGGCACCCAUGCCCCUGGGCCCCGAAAUCCAGGUCUAAACAGAAGGAGCCUCUUCCAGGGAGGGAUCCCUGAGCCUCCCUCUGAGCAGAAAUAGUUGGACCUGAUGGGCUGAAUGGGGGGCUGCCCCCCCCCCCCCACCCCAGGCCUCCUGAGACUCCUUUUCAUCCCCAGCUUUCCUGCUGCCAAGAUGUCGUUAUCACCGACAGUGACCUCCUGGCCAGAACCGCACAGCCCUGAGGAGUCUGAUAAGCUGCAGACCCCAGAGCAGGACACUGAGCAGGCAAGCAGUGGGGACGUGCCCAGCACCCACCGUGAGGACAGUCGGCCCGGCCUGGGCACCCUUCGGCGGGCCUUCUCCAGGGCAAGACGGCGGGCCUUGGGCCAGGCCCCCGGGGAGGACACUGGCCUGCUCCGACGCAGCUCCCACUUCCUGCGAUCCUUACGGCGCCCCCGGGAUGAUGGCCUGGCUGCUGCACCAGGGGGGGGCCGCAGCCCAGAGGGACCCUCAGGCGUCACGGAUGGCGGCAGCCGGCCAUCAACCACUGGGGUGGGGCCUGAGGAACCAGGACAGGAGGAAGGCAAAUCUGUGGCGGACCUCAUCACGGAGCGGCAGCUGCUGGCGGCCUUCGAGCAGCUGCGGCAGCUGGAGACGCGGCUCCUGGCGCAGAAAGCCUCGGGCACCUUCGGGCAGGACCCCACCGGCUUCGCGCGGCGCGCCAUGGACGUGUGCCUGCUCUACGACGGGCUGGAGGCGGAGAUCCGCGCCAUCGUGCGCGAGACGCUGGGCCCGGGCGGCGUGGACGCGGCCGCGCUCGCCGAGCUGGCCCGCGUGGUGCGCGCCGAGGAGGAGGCCCACCCGGUGCCCCCCGCCGACGGCGACUUCCUGCUCACGCCGCGCCGCUGGCGGCGGCACUGGGAGGACGCGGUGACGCGGAGCGCGCAGGAGCGCGUGCGGCAGGCGGGCGCCGGGGACGCCGCGGGGGCGGACGAGGGCGCGUCGGGCCUGGCCCGGCUUCUGGCCGAGCUCGGCGGCUCGGUGCGCCGCGACCUGCGCAAGGUGCGGCUGCAGGUGCAGCCCGUCUACUCGGCCGCCGGCUUCCCGGCGUGGGAGGCCUACCUGCGCGCCUUCCACGGCGCGGUGGCCCAGCGCCUCCAGGAGCUCGCGCGCGACGCCCGGGGCUGCGAGCAGCUCUACGUCCUGCUGGACUGGACCGCCAAUGUCUACGGCAGUCCUGACUUCCUCGGUGCCCCGGACCUGACUCUGUCCACGGAGCCGCUGCCCCCACUCCUGGCACCUAGUGUGUGGGCGCGCCUGGAGAGCGACUACACCAGCUUCCUAGAGACCAAGAUCACAAGCUGCUUCGACGGCAUCCUGCAGCUGGAACAGAGCCGCUGGGUGGCCGCUGAGGCCCCCGAUGUGCUCCAAGGCCUCUACCACACGCCUCUGUCCAUCGAUAUCCACAUGCUCGUGGCCGAGCACGUGAAGGCGGCUGGUGCCAUCUCUGCAGAACUGGAGGCCACCACCCUGCGCAUCUGCGCGCGGGCACUUGGCCUCUUUCUGCCCAGGUUUGAAAAGGCUUUUCUACAGUCGGAGGCGGUGAGCGAACCUCAUCUGGGCGCCAGCAUCAACGCCUGCGAGGAGCUCAGGACCAGUCUUCUGGCCAGGUUCCCAGGAACCUUUGAAGAGCUGGAGAAACCUCUAGUGGCUGCCGUCUGUGUCUUCCAAAAGCGGCUGCUCCAAGGCCUGCAGUAUGAUGUGCAACCGCUUUUCAGGGUCCUGUGUACCAAGGCCUGGCUGACACACGACGUGCUGCAGCCCCUCAUGGACAAAGUGGUGGCCUUCGCCCAUCACCUGGAGCACGUGGCCCCACUGCGGGCACAGGAGACUCUGCAGGAGGCACACCGAUAUGUGGUCCGUGAAUACCUGGCACAGGUGCUGAGGCCUCGUGAGCGGUUCCGCGGUGUCGAUCGCGUGACUGGCUCCCAGAAGAUGGGCCUCGACGCCCAGGCCAUUGGCAACACCUUCCAGGGCUUGGGCUCAGAGGCCACGUGGCUGGGCCAGGCUAUCCCAUGCGUCGCUGACAUUCUCGGCGAGACUUACAAGGACGACAUCGGGCGGCACCUGGAGACACUCAUCGGGAGCUACCCAGACAUCAGGCGGGACCACGUGCUGGCCAUUCUGGCGCUGCGCAGACUGGGCCGCCGUCGGAACCAGCGCCUCUUGCGGCAUGCCCAGAGCCUGCUGAGGGCUGCGGCCAAGGCCGAGGGCUCCGGGGCUGCUGGCGGCCAUGUGCUCUUCGAGGAGAUACAAGUGCCUACCUCCGUGGACCUGCUGAUCACCUGCAUCUAAUGCUCCGGGUCUCGGAGGGGGCGGGCCUCAGGUGGGGGGCCGCAUUAACUGAGGGGUCAGCACCUUCACCCAGGCAUCACCCAGACGCUAAGCCCCAGGCUGGGAGUCUAGGGAGGCGCUCUCAGCCCUGCCCCCGACCUUGAAGCCCGUAAUCAGACGACGACGUUCGUCCUCAGCUGUGCGUGGUUGCUUACCAGAAGGAACAGCACGAAGAGAGGCAUUUCAGGCAUUUGUGGGGGAGUGUUUGGGGGUGGUGGAGGUUCCUUUCAAUGCUGCCUCCCGGCCUAACGGUCCAGCACCACCCCCAGUCUGACAGUGAAGCAGAGAGUAUUUAUUUUUAAAAUAAAGGUGAAUUAAAAUGGUGCCUCCCUAAAGAGGGGGCAGGGCCAA